AUGGCAUAUUUGUCCUUCUUCAUUGAAACAAUGCAAGAAUGGCAGCGGUCGUCCUUUUUCUGUAAUGGAAAGCGGCUGAGUGGUAUGCCGUUGUUGCUCUACAACUCCUUCAUCUUAUGGAAUUGUCGCGAGCUCGAACCGAUCAUCGGAAGCACGAAGUAUGUCCGAUUUCUUUGGGACAUUGCGCUUGUGUCCAUAUUGUUGGAGAUCUUGUUUACCUACUGCAUUCAAUCCUUUCUCCGGGAUAUGAACUACGGUUCUUCGCCACCUUUGUUUGUGAGGUCCAGUAGGGGUCAGCCAUCCUCUGGUAUGCAGCAAGUGAAACACAUGCUUGUCCACCGAAGUAUGGGAAGCUUUACAACAGUGUCAACAGGGGUCCUUACAGUGGUGUUUCAACAUCAAAACAUACCAAUUUCUGUACUGCCAUUUGUCAAUGCACGUCACCUCUUCUUUGUAACCCCCGCAGUAGCUUACGCGUUCUGUCUUGGGAUUCUCUCUUUCCUAUCCCGCUCUGCGCAUCCUUACUCGGCCGUGAUAUCUGGCACAUGUGCUGGCUUGACUUGGUCUUCAAAUCUUUCUUCAUUCAUGAUUGAACAUUACUGGGCAAAUGGAAGCUUCUUUAUUUACAUGAUACUGUGCAUGCUUUCGCUAAAAGCUGCGGAAAGUCCAUUUAUUCCUUGCAUUAAUAAUAAGCCUUGGGAUGGCGCCGGUCGGCUUCCUGAAACAGAGAAAGACAACUUUCGUUGUUCUUCUUCGUCCCGACACGAUUAUUCACUGGGCAACAACAAUUUCGAUUCUCCGGGCGAGCAUGACGAAGAUUUGGAAGGGAACUUGCGGCUAUACUCGACUAUAAAUGAUGAACAUGGGCAUCUUGUACCGAAUAUGGAAGAGCUGAAUGGCGUCCUCCAUUCGGAUGGGCAAGAAGUAUCAUACAAUGAGCUCUUGUUGAUGAUGACACAAACAGUAAGAGUGAACUCCGCAAAUAGCACUGAUGCUGGGGUCAGAUCCCGUCGAGUCUUACGUCCAUAG